AUGGCGGACCCUGCGCAGUGUUCGCUUCAGGUGGUGUGUCGCUUCAGGCCGCUCAACAGCUCGGAGGUGGCCCGGGGAGACAAGUACAUCCCCAAGUUUGUUGGGGAUGACUGCGUGCAUAUCUUGGGUAAACCGUUCUACUUUGAUCGUGUCUUCCAGUCCAACACAUCUCAGGAACAGUUCUACAAUGCUUGGGCUCAGAAGAUUGUCAAAGAUGUUCUGGAUGGAUACAACGGGACAAUAUUUGCCUAUGGGCAGACCUCCUCUGGGAAAACACACACCAUGGAGGGAAGACUCCAUGACACAGAUAUGAUGGGAGUCAUUCCCAGAAUUGUUCAUGACAUUUUCAACUACAUUUAUUCCAUGGAUCAGAACCUGGAGUUUCACAUCAAAGUUUCCUAUUUUGAAGUUUAUCUUGAUAAAAUCAAGGACCUGUUGGACCCAUCAAAGACCAACCUUUCUGUGCACGAGGAUAAAAACAGGGUGCCCUAUGUCAAGGGGUGUACUGAGCGUUUUGUGUGCAGUCCCGAAGAGGUCAUGGACGCCAUAGAUGAAGGCAAAAACAGCAGACACGUGGCUGUCACAAACAUGAAUGAGCACAGUUCCCGAAGUCACAGCAUCUUCCUCAUCAACAUCAAGCAGGAAAACUCUCAGACUGAACAGAAAAUGACUGGAAAACUGUACCUCGUUGAUUUGGCUGGGAGUGAAAAAGUGGGUAAAACCGGAGCAGAGGGCACGGUGCUGGACGAAGCCAAGAUGAUCAACAAGUCUCUGUCUUCACUGGGGAUCGUCAUCUCAGCUCUGGCAGAGGGCUCGGCCUAUAUCCCGUAUAGAGACAGUAAGAUGACCAGAAUCCUGCAGGACUCUUUAGGAGGGAACUGUCGGACGACCAUGGUCAUCUGCUGCUCGCCCUCCUCCUACAACGAUGCAGAGACCAAGUCUACACUGCAGUUUGGACAAAGGGCAAAGACCAUAAAGAACAACGUGACUCUGAACGUGGAGCUGACCGCAGAGCAGUGGAAGAGCAAGUGGGAGAAAGAGAAGGAGAAGAACAAGACGCUGAAAAACACGGCCAACUGGUUGGAGAACGAGCUCAACCGCUGGAGGAAUGGAGAGAAUGUGCCAGCUGAUGAACAGUUUGAUAAAGAGAAGGCCAAAGCAGAGGUCUUGGCCAUAGACACCACCCUCAACAAUGAUAAGACAGCCCCCACACCCGCCCUCAGCACCCUGCCCGGGGUCACACUCUCCGGGCCGGAGAAAAAGAAGUGCGAGGCCGAAGUGGCCAAACUCUACAAAGAGCUGGAUGACAAGGACGAUGAGAUUAACCAGCAGUCUCAGUUGAUGGAGGAGCUGAACGAGCAGAUGUUGGACCAGGAGGAGCUCUUAAAUUCCUCCCGACGCGACCAUGACAUCCUGCAGACGGAGCUAAACCGUCUGCUGGCGGAGAACGAAACCUCAAAGGAGGAGGUGAAGGAGGUGCUGCAGGCCCUAGAGGAGCUGGCCCUCAACUAUGACCAGAAGAGUCAGGAAGUCGAAGACAAAUCACUGGAAUUUGAGGCCCUCAGUGAGGAGCUGAACCAGAAAUCAAACUCCCUGACCUCCAUCGACUCUGAGCUGCAGAAGCUGAAGGAGAUGACCAACCACCAGAAGAAGAGGGUCGCUGAGAUGAUGUCGUCGUUACUCAAAGACCUGGCUGAGAUCGGCCUCGCUGUGGGAUGCAAAGACAUUAAGCAUCAAGAGAGCAGUGGCCACAUUGAUGAAGAGUUCACUAUGGUUCGUCUCUACAUCAGCAAGAUGAAAUCCGAGGUGAAGACGAUGGUGAAGCGCAGGAAACUGCUGGAGAGCUCCCAGGCCGAGAGCACCCAGAAGAGGGAUGAGACGGAGCUGGAGCUGACUUCCUGCCAGCUCCGCAUCUCCCAGUGUGAGGCAAAAAUCAAGUCCCUGACCGACUGCCUCCUGAAUGUGGAGCAGAAGAAAAGACAGCUGGAGGAAACUGUGGACUCUCUCAAUGAGGAAAUAGUCAGGAUCAAAGCUGAAGAGAAAGUCAACACUUUGGAGAAGGAGAACGAGGUUCAGUCUGCUAAUGAAGUCAAGGAAGCUGUGGAGAAGCAGAUCCAGUCCCACAGAGAGACCCACCAGAGGCAGAUCAGCAGCCUGAGAGAUGAGCUGGACACCAAGGAGAGAGUCAUCACAGAGCUGCAGGAUCUGAACCAGAAGAUCAUGCUGGAGCAGGAGAGGCUGAGAGUGGAGCAUGAGAAGCUCAAAGGUGUCGACCAGGAGAAGAGCCGUCAACUGCUAGAACUCACGGUGUUGCAGGACAGACAGGAGCAGGGCAGACAGGACCUGAAGGGACUAGAGGAGACUGUGGUCCGGGAGCUGCAGGCACUUCACAACCUGAGGAGGCUUUUUGUCAAAGACUUGUCCACCAGAGUCAAAAAGAAUGCUCACAAUGACUCCGACGAGGCAGAACUCAGCACUGCCCAGAAACAGAAGAUCGCAUUCCUGGAGAACAACCUCGAGCAGCUAACCAGAGUUCACAAGCAGCUGGUGCGGGACAAUGCCGACCUUCGAUGUGAGAUCCCUAAGAUGGAGAAGCGCCUGCGAGCCACCGUCGAGCGGGUGAAACCCCUGGAGACCGCCCUAAAGGAGGCCAAAGAGAAUGCAGCCCGCGAACGAAAGAACUACCAGCAGGAAAUGGAGCGCAUCAAGGACACUGUCAAGCCCAAAAACAUGGGCAGGAGAGCCUCCAUCGCCAAGCCCAUCAGACCAGGCCAGCUGAGUUCUCUCCUGAGUCCCGGCGUCAACAGGUCCAACCUCAUCCAGAACAACCAGCCCUCCGGCAUCAAAGAAGGAAGUGAUAACAGGCGAGAGAAGAAUGCAUCAUGA